UGGCUGUGUGUUCUACGGGAAGCGGUGGCAGAAAGCGAAUAGUUUUUUGCUGAUGCGAAGGUAAUGUCGUUUCGUUGUUGAAAAGUAAAUGUCGUUGUGCAUUUUCCUCCUAGUUUACGCAGUGGACUAUAUUAAAUACUCGUUUUGAUCGUACAUAAUUAUUGUCAGCAGCGUUGUGUAAACGUACCGGAUAACUGGUUGGUGUCCAAAGGAUUGUGUGCAGGUGUUAUAGUACUCUUGGAUACCGGCCAAUAAGAGAAAUACAAACCGCAGUAUUGAACACGAAGUGGAUCUUUCAACUGGGCAGCACUUUUUCGGCUAGCGUUUUGUAAACUAUUGUUUCUACCGACCUGUUUGCUGGAUAUAAAAGACAAAGCCGUCGAAGGUGAUGGAUUAGCAACUCCACGAUGCCAGACAACACGGGUCAGGUUCAGGAGGAAUACCUCAACAAGCUUUCCCAGUUGGAGGGCAAAAUAGCCGGUGACACAUUUGUGGCUAGCUUCUCGAAAAAUUGCGAAGUCCUGAAGAGCAUGUGUGGGCUGGCGCUGGUAUAUGAGAAUCGUAUGAAACAGUAUACCAAGGAAAUGAAGUCGAUUCUAACAGACCUCAAGCAAGCUGGAGGUUUUCGGUUGGAGUAUUCAUUAAUCGGAGCCCCUUGCUGCUGUCAGUGUCACGAGAGCGAGGAAAAUGCGUCACAGGCGGCUGAAGGCGGGCAGGAGCCAAAAGCAAAGGAGGCGAGGACAAAGGAGGCCGAGACACAGACAGAAGCACAACAAAGUACUGAUUUCAUACCUCCGGAGGGCUCGAAGUUGACUGUGGCUGAUAUGGUGACACAAGCGGCGCAAGAGAUGUGUCCCGCUGGUGCCGGAGGCGAUUAUGUUUACAACGACCAGUACCACAUGUUCUUUUCGCAAUCAACAGGCUACUACUGGGAUCCGAAAACGAAACUUUUCUACCAACCUACAACGGGUACGUACUACAGCUACGAUGAAGAUACGCAAAGCUACACCGUUGUGGAGCCCCCGGGAGCGAGUGGCAAAGAUCGAAAGGACAAAGAUCGGAGACGACGAAGUCGUUCGAGGGAUCGACGACGACGACGAUCGCGCAGUCGAGGCAACAGCCGGGAGCGGGAACACCAGCAGCAGCAGCAACGGCGGCGGAGGCGCAGCAGAUCGCGGCCGAGUAAGAGGUUGCCGAGUCCCACUUCGCCCAGGGGUGGCCGGGGAAACCGUGACGUCGGCCGGGACGACGAUGGUGCCGCUGGAGGCAGCCCGAGGGAUCAACGAAGGAGUCCCCCGAGAAAAAGCCGGAGGUCCGAGCGAAGCGCUGAUGAGGGCGAGCUUAUUACCGAGGAAGAGGGUUCUAUCGAGAUGGCUAUUCUCAGCGAGGACGAAGACUCUAAUGCGAUAACCAAUUAUCCACCGUGUAUACGUUUUGUCGUAAAGCAAUCACAGCAGCUACCACCGCAUUCGGUGCAAAUGCUUCCAUUCCCUGGAGGAGUACUUGGAGCACCUCUAAAAAGUGAUCUCUGUGUUCCCGACGCUGGUAUCGGCAAGCGGCAUUGCAAUAUAUAUUUCGAGUCUGACUCACAACAGUACAAGGUCGAACAGCUUGACGGGAAUAAUCCGACCAAAAUCAACGGAAAGCCUCUAAAAAAGGGCGCAAAACAUGUUUUGGUACAUAUGGACCGUUUUGAGCUUGGAGAGGGCACUCAAUUGGAAGUGCAUUUACAUGAUAGGAAGGACACGUGUGGAAAUUGCGAACCUGGGCUUCUUCAGCGACGGGCAGAGCUCGACGCGCCGUCACCAAAUAGUUCAGCAAAUGCAAGCUCACUGAGCAGUGAAGCUCAGCGUCGGCGAAACCUUAAAGGAUUAAAAAAGCAAUACGGAUUAGCUGAAGAACCGUACAUCGAACCUUGGCUUGACGACAAUCCACAGUACGCAGAUCGCGCGGGCGAAAGACGAGCUCGAGUUGGAUCAGAUUUCCCUCAUGAACUAGAUGCCGCACCUGCACAUGCUGAAGUGCCGAUGGAACGAUCAAACAAAGGCUUCAAAAUGCUCCAAGGCAUGGGCUGGCGAGAAGGAGAGGGCUUGGGACGGUCUAAUCAAGGUGGAACACAGCCCGUUCCCGUGCAGAUGCGCAACGAACGUGCAGGGAUAGGUUCAGAGGAUGCAAUCCAUUCGGAUGACAACAACCGAGGCGAGCGAUGGAAAAGGGCGCGGGCUAGAUACGAUCAAAUCAAAUGAGAAACAAACACGGCUAUUCAUUAAUCGAAAUAAUCAUUUCAUCACCAAUCAAUCGUUCAGCAAUCGCUUCUAUGAUUGCUCACAAAAUAAAGAAAGCGAACGAUUCUUGAAGGAGAAGGUAAACUGUUCAUUAGCAGGGAGAGGGUUACAACGUUGUCACUGAAUACUGGAAACCAUGUUCGUCUCCUGAUGGUAACAAUGUAAAUUAUGGCCAUUGGUUAAUAAACAAAUAAUGAUUUUUUCCUAAAUAAACUCUUGAAAACGAAUUCUUGUGUACAAAAACAUUGUAUUUCGUUUGCGCUGAGUC